AUGCAUCGCGUCAUGCUUGACUUGCACGCCAAACAUGGGAAGCUUGUUAGGGUUGGCCCGACGGAAGUCAGUGUGGCUGAUCUGGAUGCUAUCAAGAUGAUUUACGGUGCGGGUACGAAAUUCAGGAAAAGUGAUUGGUAUUCUGUCUGGCAAGGCCACCGGAAAUUCGAUCUCUUCGGAGAACGCGACGAGAGCAUUCAUGGUGCACAGCGGAGACUGGUUAACGGCGUUUAUUCCAUGAACAGCUUGAAGGAUUUCGAAGAUGGAGUGGAUGAUGUCAUCAAAAAAUUCAUGCAGUGCAUGAGCAAGCAGGACGCUAGGGCGACAGUCGAUAUUGGAAAGUGGGUGCAGCUUUUUGCUUUUGACGUAAUUGGCGAAAUCACGUUCUCAAAGACAUUCUCGUUUCUGGAGAAUGGGACAGAUGGUGGUGCAUUCAGCCAAAUCGAGAAUGCGCUCCGCUGUGCUGCUUGGGUUGGUCAGGUGCCGUGGCUCUACUGGCUGCAUGACUAUCUUUCUCCUCUCAUCGGAAGCCACCUGGCUAUCGCUGCGCGCCAUGGCAAGAUUCGACAAAUUGCUGCCCGAGAGGUCACUGCCCGCCAGGGGAACGUCGGUGAGCAGCAUGAUAUACUAACCAAACUUUUCGACGUACAGGCCAAAAAAGGUCAGCAGCUGAAGGACGACGAUAUUCUCUCCAUGGCAACGUCGAAUGUGUUUGCCGGGUCCGACACGACUGCCAUAUCUCUCCGCUCGAUCAUUUACUAUCUCUUGAAGAACCCAGCUUGUAUAUCUAGGCUGAUGGACGAGAUUCAAGACAGAAAGAACCAAGGAAGGCUCUCCGAUCCGGUAAAGUUAGACGAGGCGAACAGCAUGCCGUACCUGCAGGCCUGUAUGUAUGAAGCUCUAAGACUCCACCCGGCUGUUGGUAUGAGCCUUCCCCGGGUUGUACCCGCAGAGGGUAUUACGAUCGAUGGGUGCUUCCUGCCAGCAGGAACAACGGUGGGUGUAAACCCUUGGGUGGUGCAUCGCGAUGAAACCAUUUUUGGCGAGCAUGUAGAGUCUUUUCGGCCGGAAAGAUGGUUGGAGGAUGAUAACGGUGAUAAGAAGAGAUUCUUUUUCGCAUUCGGUGGCAGUGCUCGGGUUUGCCUUGGUAAAAAUAUCAGUUGGAUGGAAAUGAGCAAGAUGAUCCCGACUCUGCUCAGUCGGUUUGAGAUUCAGCUGGCGAGCCCAGAUACCCCUUGGAAGGAAACAUGCUGGUGGUUUGUCAAGCAAGAAGGUGUUAUGAUCAAUCUUUGUCCACGUCAGUGA